AUGAAUCUCCCCCUCUCCUUCUUCUCCAUCGCUCUCAUCGCUUUCCUCUUCCUCCACCAUCACGCCCUCGCUGCUUCUCACUUCGAAGGCUUCGAUGCCGAAGACGACGAGUUCUCAGAAGACUCCACUGACCUUCACCACUCUCUCCGUCCUCCCCUCAUAACUCAGUCUCAGUCAACUCUCCCGGAUCCGGAUCCCUCCCCCGAACCCGAUUCCAAAUCGGACCCUUCUCCUUCCCAAACACCUCCCAAGAAGCCCUCUUCAACCUCCUUCGAUUUCUGGGACGAGGACGAGUUCGAGGGAUUGCCCGAGAACGAAUCUCCGACUACCCCAUCUCCUUCCGAUCAGCUAACUCCAGAUCCGGAGCCCGCUUCAGAAAGUCCAGACCUUGACGUCAUCCCGACGAAGAAGAAGCUCUCGUCGUACACGGUGGAGAUCGUCUCCGUAUCGAUCUUAAUCGCUUACUUGAUCAACUACUUCACCGGCAAACGCGAGAACGAGAACCUCGCUCUAUCCUGGGCCACCAAGUUCGGUCUCAAAGACUCAAUCUUCGAGAAAAACUUCAGCUUUCUCGGAGUCGGCGAAGGAGAGGACUCUCCCCUGUUGCUUAAAGAGGCCACGAACGUGUUCAAGUUCUACGCGAGCGGGAGGAGGUUUUGCCAUGGGGUGUUGGCGACUAUGGAGCUUAAGAGUAGACAUGAUUUGAUUUCGAGGCUUUAUAAUUGCGUGGUGCCUUGUAAAGAUGAGAUUAGUUUCGAGGUGUAUAUGAACGAGGAGGCGAUGGAUCAUGUUGUGUUUGCGAUGGCGAGGAAGAAGAUGGCGAAGAUGAUGCAUAAGGAGCUGAGGGAUCUUCAGAGGUUUGGAGGGGUGGUACCGGCUCCUGGCGGGAGGAAGUGGGUGGCGGAGGAGUUGGCUGUGAUCUCUGAGUCUAAGGAGGUUGCUGGAGAUAUGAUUACUGAUGUUGUACUUGAUCAGGUUUUUGGUGACAAGUCGUUCGAAAAGUUUGGAAAGUAUUUCAUCUCAAUGCAUUUUUCGGACCAACUUCCUGGCAAACACAGGAAGAUGCUGCUUUUCAAGUUCGCCCUACCUGAUGCUAAACACAUGGAUGAUAUGGUUCGCUUGGUAGCCCUUAUUCCGUAUUACAUUGACUUAAUUGGGCGCUACAAGCUCAGCUCCCAGGCACGGAACAAAACCGAUGGUGCUAGACAAAAGGCGGCUCAGGAAGCGUACAAGGAACUAGAGAAUGUGAGGCAAGAGGCAUUACAGAGAAAGAAAGCCGAGAAGAAGAAACUAUUGGAGGAGGCCGAGGCAAAGCUUAGCGCCGAGGCUCUAAGGAAGAAAGAGGCUAAAGAACGUGCACGACAGAUGAAGAAGUCAAUGCCAAAAGUUAAGAUGAGCCGCGGUCACUAAGAUGCUCAAGCAUAGGAGGGACAUCUCUCUUAAGAUCACAAUCUCAUGUCUGCCAUUGGAACAGCUAUUUUAUUCCUCUACUCCCUCCUUUUUUUAGCCCUUUCGAUUAGAUAUUUCUUCUUACUUCCAUGAACCUUACGGUUUCCCUUAUAGUGACACCCAGGCUGUGCUUUUUGAUAAUCCUCAAAGACCUAGUUUCUUGUUCACUGAAAGUAAUAUCCUUUAUUCUCAGUUAGCCAUUGCAAUGAAUGAAAAAGAAAUGUUAAAAAUUA